GUAAGAAGCAAAAGAAGGAUGUAUAUGAUUCUAGACCUGCAGACACAACAGCAAGAGGCUUGAAAUCAACAACUACUUCACUUGAAGCUGUCCAAAACUUUGUAUCUAACAUUCAAAACGAAGAAAGACAGCAGGUGGCUACUUAUUUGGAAGGAUCUUAUGAUGAGGACGAGGACGAGGAUUAUGAAGAAGGAGAUGAUGAUGAUAAUGAUGGACAAGAUGAGGAUUUUGAUGAAGACGAGGAUCUUGAAGAAGACUUACUUGAUGAUGCGGGGAAUAACCAAGAGGAAAAAGAGAAAGUCAACUCAACAAAUAGCAGCCAGCACAACUUACCUCAUACUGCAACACAAUUUCAACCAAGCAAAAUAGAUUCUCCGACAACACCAUCCAACAGUGCACUUGCAUCUGAAACACCUAAGAAGCCACGUACUGUUAUAGGCGAACGAAAGUCGCUGAUUUUGUCAGGCGAAAAAAAUUGCCUGUCUGGACCACCCGCUUCUCAUGGACCCGCAACCCUCUUCGCAAAGUUGACGCUUUUGCGUUAA